GUCAACGUUUUAAACGUAACUCUGUCACGAGUCUGUAGGCAGCCUGCGAGGUUUGAAUAGGGAAGUUUACUGAGCGCACAUCUCGCUUCGAGUUCAGUGUUUGCAAAUACAGUGAUCUCAGCGACGGAGGACCUAGAGGACUUUUGAGUGAGAUACACUUCACUGCCGUUGCAUGUGCACUCACCAGGAUACUCUUCUGUCAAGACAGCGGCCGUUGUCAUCUUGAUUCCAGACAGAGAUUUAAUUUGUUAGGUGAUAUUUAGCCUAGACACUUUUGGGAUUUAAAAUGGAUGUUCUACCAAUGUGCAGCAUUUUCCAGGAGCUUCAAAUUGUUCAUGACACUGGUUAUUUCUCGGCAUUGCCAUCCCUUGAGGAAUAUUGGCAGCAGACAUGCUUGGAGUUUGAACGCUACCUGCAGAGUGAGCCUUACGUCUCGGCAUCUGACCUCAAGUUUGAGGGUCAGGAGGACCUGUGGAGCAAGUUAAUCCUGGCCUGCGGGGACAAGAGCGAAACUGGUCCUACCAUCCCCCACCUCCCGGAGGAUGACAAUCAGGACGGCCACCUCUCAGAGACCAAUAGCCUGAACUCGGACGCCAGCAGCGAGGCCUCAGACAGCUCCGAGGAGCUCUCGCCCACACACAGCUUCGCCUCCAACCCGCUGGGCUCAGCCAUGACUGGCUCGGGGCACCUCAGCUCCUCGGUCAUCAGCACGCCGCCAUCCUCGCCAGAGGCCGCGCACGAGCUCUGCAGUAGCAUUGCCACCUGGGGGGUGGCACAGACUGAGCUGCACGUGCCCGCGAAGGCACGGGGCAGCAUGGGCAAGAGCUCGGAGAAGAUGGGCAGCCCCAGCGGAGAGGACGCCUCUCCGGACGGGAGGAGGAGGGUGCACCGCUGCCACUUCAAUGGCUGCCGCAAGGUGUACACAAAGAGCUCCCACCUAAAAGCACAUCAGCGCACCCACACAGGUGAGAAGCCUUACAGGUGUUCAUGGGAGGGUUGUGAAUGGCGCUUUGCACGUAGCGAUGAGCUGACACGUCACUUCAGGAAGCACACUGGUGCCAAGCCAUUUAAAUGCAGUCACUGUGACAGGUGUUUCUCCAGGUCCGACCACCUGGCCCUGCACAUGAAGAGGCAUCUCUGAGCAGUUUAGUGAGCUGAACAGUAAGCCAGGGGAGAACAGCUGAACUAGUGUCUCCUGACCGGCCGCGCGGUUGACCUGCCCCUACCAUGAGGAAGGAAAAGCGAGGGGAGAGAAAGCGUGAUCCAGCCAAAGCAUGCCAUUUUGCACCUUAACCAGUGCCUCCGGGGGCUCUCUUGGAGAAGGCGUUUCUGAACGGUGGUUGAAAAGAAGAACGGGACAAACAAGGAGGACAAAAUCAUGUACUGAAGGAGAGGAAAUGUGCAGGACGUUUUCAAGGAGAGAGAGAGAGAGAGAGAGAGAAAAAAUGAAAACAUAAAAAAAAAGACCAAAAAAAUUGUGAGUGAGUGAUGUGUACGUAUGGUGCAUGAUGUUUGCGGAGGACUCCUGGACAACCGAUAAAAAAAACGCUGGUAUUAAAAACAAACACAAACAAAACAAACAAAAAAAAUCCAUGAGUGAAGUGAGCAUGUGCGCUGAGUGUUCCUGCGGGACUGUCCUGUGUGUGCAGAGGGGGGAGGGCUUCCAGGGGGGUCGCUGUGGACUGACGAGUGGUGGUGUGUUUUUUACGGGGAAACAAGUUCCGGUUUUGUUUCCCUGUUGUCUCCAGAGAGGCGAGUGAGAGAGAGUGUAUGUGCCUGUCAAAGAAUGAGUACUAAGGUUUCUUGCCAAACUCCCCCUAGGGUGUGGGCUGUCCUAUAGAGGAGAUAGUGUGGGAGUUCAGUUUCGGGGAAGAAUGCCCCCCCCGCCCCCACACACACACACAAACACCCAUACAAAAGGGGGAGGUAGAAACCUAGUUCUGAAUGAUCGAGGCUUUUUUGGUGUUUGGUGCAGCUACUAAAUGUGCAAUGUGUUAUGUAGCUUGUCUUUACAAGCUGCAAAAGCUCAUUUGUAGUCCAUUGUAUAAGCUGUGUGCUUAGAAAUAUUACACAACUAUUAUUUCAGUAUAACAGACAGGUGUUGCAUGGUUCUUGGGGUUUUAAUUUCUACUCUUACCCUGUUGUUUGUUAUCAGGACUGCAAAAUAGAUUCCAAUAAAGUGCAGCUAAAGAUAAACGGUUAAAUGUUACAAUGUUGUACAUAUGAAAAGCGUUUGAUGACUUCUCCUUUUUGACUUUCAAAAACCUUUCCCACAACUACGCACCCAUCUUGCUUAUUUUGGAGAAACCACUAUUGCUUAGCAACCAUCUCAUUCAUGAAGCUUUUCCCACUUAUCCAUGUCUUCAGGACUAAUUUUUGUAUUUCUUUUUUUUUUUUUUUCUUUUCUUUUUUUUUUACUGUUAAUGCACUGUUGGCCUUAAUGGUGCCUUAUGUGAGUGACCUAGCCCAAUGGAAGCGGUGUGAGCUUGUAGAGGGGGGUGGGGGAAGAAGAGUGUUGGAGAUGGUUACAUCUGUGUUUGUAUGAGUGAUUUUAAAUGCUUUAUUAAGGCUCAAUUUCACAUGAACAUGCACCUUUGCCUUGUCUGUACUGGCGAGUAUCUUACAAAACCCAUAUGGGUUUUGAAUGCAUUGUUUUUAUGUUUUGGCAUCUAGAUGUUUUCUAUUCAUUUCUAGUAAUUUCUUGACCCAGCAACAUAAAUUCAAUCAACAAAAAAAGUCAAAAGAGAUGUGUUAAAAAUGCUUCAGUCAUCAUAAAAAGCACUUAAACAUGCCUAUUUGAAUUGUAUUUACUACCAUGUAGUAUCUACUUAAUGUACUGUAUUACAUGUCUUUUUUUUUUUU